AUGAAUCGAUACUCCACUCCGCGCCUGGAGCCAAUUUCGGAAGAGAUCACCCCCACGGAUCACUUCAUCCUCUGCCAAGGUGGUACAUCCUCAAAUCUCGAACGACUUCCGUCUCGACUGGAGCGCUCCAAGCAUCAAUCACCUAGCCUCAAACGACAAUUCGAAGAUACUGCAUACGAAAUGAGCUAUCUCAAAGCUGAGCUGCAGUGGCAUAAGGAGAGUAGACAAAUCUUGUUGAACCUGCGUGAGCAGGUUUUGGGGAUUUAUCAAGCUCUGGAAGAGUCUCUAGAAGAGGCCACAGUAAGACUACAUGAGUCUGAGCAGCGGUAUCUUAGUAUUUGGGAUAAGAAUGAGAGCGAGGUUGCAAUAUGA